AUGUUUGUGGACAUACCAACCUUGUUAUUUGAGGAUCACCAUUUGCAAAAUUGCUCCAAUAAAGUUUCAUCUACCAAUUUAUCUGUAAAGGCUCCAAUUGGAAGUGUAUCGAAAAUAAAUGAUCUGAAAGAGAAAUUUACUGUCGUCAAAACACGAAAAGCUGAUCAAUCUAUGAUGAUGAUGAUGAUACAAGUAGCUGGUGCAAAGCAUGCUUAUGCUAUUGAAGCUUCUGAAAUGGCAGCAUAUGCUUGCAAACUUAUUGCUGGGAACCCCACAUUAGGUCAACGGAUUACUGUAUGCAAUCAAAGGAAAGUUGAAGAAGUUGAGUUGCCCGAGGAGGUAGAUAUUCUGAUCUCUGAACCAAUGGGCACCUUAUUAGUUAAUGAGAGAAUGUUGGAGUCCUACAUAAUUGCAAGAGAUCGGUUUCUUAUGCCUAAUGGGAAAAUGUUUCCUUCAAUUGGAAGGAUACAUAUGGCACCUUUCAGCGAUGAAUAUUUAUUUGUUGAAAUUGCAAAUAAGGCCCUUUUUUGGCAGCAACAAAACUAUUAUGAUGUAGAUCUCACACCGUUAUAUGGGUCCACAUUCCAAGGUUACUUCUCUCAGCCUGUUGUGGAUGCUUUUGAUCCAAGAUUAUUGGUGUCUCCUCCAAUGUGCCAUGUAAUUGACUUCAAUGAAAUAAAGGAAGAGGACUUGUAUGAAAUAGAUAUUCCAUUGAAAUUCAUAGCAUCUGUGGGGACUAGAGUGCAUGGGAUGGCUUGUUGGUUUGAUGUCCUGUUUAAUGGCAGUAUUGUGCAAAGAUGGCUUACCUCCGCCCCUGGUGCACCUACAACCCUUUGGUACCAGAUACGAUGUGUCGUUUCUCAGCCAAUUUAUGUUAUGGCUGGGCAAGAAAUAACUGGCCGACUUCACGUGAUCGCCCAUAAUGCUCAAAGUUAUCAGCAUAUUAUCCUGUCAGCUCGAAUCUGAUUUAUUAGUCAUCUAAGAUAAAUGGUUUUUAGCUAAUUUCAGGAGUGCAUUACAUGCAUCUCUGAAUUAUCAGGAGCAUGAAUAGAAAUCUCAUUGCUAUUCAUAAGCCGUAUUCAAUGGUUUGCUUUUUAACCGGAUAAACAGAUCCACAUUGAUGAUUUAUAGAGGAAAUCGAGUUGCUGCAGCAACCAUCAGAAAAUUCAGGGGCUCAGCUCCAAUAAGUAGCAGAUUAAAAAUAUUUGAAUUUCAGAGACAAGGAUUUAACGGUAAUGUCUUUGUAACAUAAAUAUUGCUUUUACCCUGGUAACUGCUAGGGUUUCGCCAUUAGUCAUCAUGGUUUACUUUUAACACCUCUAGUCAUUUGUGUCACUAUUAUUGUUUGAAUGGCUGUGCGGGAUCUUGUACCAUUUUUAUAAUGAUUUAACCAGUUUAAUAAUCAAAUCUUGUCCUAGUGCAAAAUAAGUAGUAAUUUACACAUUGAAUAAGGUUGCUCAAAACCAUAAAAAAAGUAGGUUCUGUUUCGUUGAAGUUUCAGUUCAGAAUACCUACUAGGUUGCUAAAAUAUAUUAAGGUAGCCGAACUAAAAAUUUAGAGCCAUUAAGGGCUGUAGUGGCCCCCUAAUAAUGAAAAUGCUAGUAUGCAGAACUUUUAAAUCAGAGCCAGGAUAGAUCAUCCGCAAGAUGGAGGCAGCAAUUGGAAGAAAAGAAGCAGAACUAAGAUUUGGCUGGCCGUUAGACCAAUGCGAUAGGAAAGUGCCUGGUUUUGAGUUUAAGCUGAUCGUAAAAAACGGUGUUUGGUUCAUAUUGAAAUUUCUGAAUUUUGUUUCGCCCCUGAAGAUGUAAGCAAGGUGUUUUCCAACAGAGUGGAUAUCGAAUCCUGCCAUUAUAGAUCCUUUCUCUCCAUGUUUUGCAGAGACUAAGGAAUACAAAUGGAUAUUGAACUCUCUUUUAUCCUUUGUGAUUUGAACAGCAAAUACCCGAGGAAGAAAACCAGCUAUAGCACACCAUCAUACCCAAACUCAUGAUCCCAAGCCUGGGCGAUCAAAGCCCGCCACAUGAGAAGCUGAGUUGUAGAAUCCAAAAACCGGUAACGGUAAGUAGGGUUAUCCCCACCAAACGAAGGAGGGAGGAGCAUGUUAAGCAAAGGGACUGGUACAGUUUGAGAAGCAUGAUUAGCAUCAUUGCCCAUAAUAGAAUUCUUUUCCUCUAUCUCAUAACCAUCGCCAUGUUUUAACUCUUUUAACAAAAGCUUCCAAGGGGUGGGGAUGGCGGACAGCUCUGUUGUUUGAUGAGCUUGUUCAUCUUCAAAAUGGGGCCUCGAGAGUAGCUGCUGUUGUGCAGCUUGU